CCGGUUCCCUCGUAAUUUCUAGAUCUGUUUUUUCAUUUUCUUCACCUUUUAAUUUUUUUCCUAGUACGAUGAUAUAUAUGUAUAUAAUUUAGCUCCGAAUAGACCGUGAUUUCCAUAGAAACUUCUACAGAUUUGAAAUCUUUCUUCAAGGGAUUUGAAAGGUCGUCAGAAAGAAAAAAAAGGAUGGGAAACGCAAGGAAAGUGGAAGACGACGACAACAACAACAACAACAAGUCUUCAUCAUCGGUGUUAAUAGCAGCAACUAUGUGUAUAAUCGGAUUGCAAGUUCAUGUUCACGUCAAGGAUGGUUCCGUCUUUUCUGGGAUUUUCUUCACCGCUUCCGUCGACAAUGGCUUUGGCAUUGUUUUGAAGGAUGCAAGAAUUACUAAGAAGGGGACAAGUAUAUCGAAUGUAGCAAGCGGGAGUGUGGUCGAUACACUUGUUAUUCUGUCUUCCACUAUUGUUCAAAUAAUUGCGGAAGGAGUCUCGCUUCCAUCAAAUGUUACAACAGCCAAUAAUGAGGUCGGAUCAGCCACAGAAACAUUACCUUCUGAGCCUCGUUUAUGUGCUGCAAAUAAAUCCACAAAUGUUUCCACUCAAGGAAGGGGCUUUAAUCAUAAGAGGCAGGCUGGAGCUCAGAUUUUGAAGCGUAGUGUACAAAUUCCAGAGGUUUAUCAACAGGAUAAUAUUGAUAUCCAAAGCUCAAGUUCUAGCUUGGAUAGCAUGUCCGAACGAGUUAAACCUAUAGAAGAAGAUAACUUGAUGCCGGAACCUCUUAGUAAUGGUUUUCACAAUGCUGCUGCAAAACCCUCUUCAACUGACAAUUUAUUGUCAGAAAGUACACCUGUUGAUGACACCUUGGAAUUGUGUCGGGGUAGAGUGGCGGCAUCUUCAACUGCAUCAGUACCUAUCCAGGCCGUCAAAAAGCCUAAGGAGUUCAAGCUGAAUCCAGAGGCUAAGAUUUUUUCUCCGUCUUAUACAAAACGGCUUUCACCGUCUCCUGUCGGUAUGCCUCAUGUUGGAAAUAUUGCUUACAUACCAAGCAACACUCCCAUGCUACCAGUUCCUGAAGCUAUUUACCCAGAAGUUGUAAACAACCCUUAUGUGCCGCAAGCACCUCCACCUUCUAAGUUUGUACCAUAUGGUAAUGUGACCGCUGGACAUGCUGUCGGUGGAUUUCAAUUUCCUCAACACAUGAUUGGGCCAACUGUUAACAGAGCACAGCCUCAGAGAUACACCGCUCAGUACCAUUCUGUUCAAGCUGCACCAAUGCUUGUAAAUCCAAGUCCUCAGGUGAUGGUUGCAAGAUCGGGGCAGCUUGUCUAUGUCCAAUCAGUUUCUCAGGAUCUGGUUCAAGGAACACCGCCUCUCUCACCUAUGCUCUCCUGCCCUCUACCUACCGCACAACAUGUCCAAUACCUGAAGCAUCAAGGUGUAGUAGCAGCUGGCCAGCCGCUACCGCUAUGUGUCUCCCUACCAUUCACGACUGGUGGACCGCAACCUUAUGGCAUUCCCACCCAAUUCCCAGCUAUGCAGCAGCCUCCUUUCCCCACGAAUCAGCCAAUGACAGUUGCAGUUCCUAAUGGUUUCUACACAAAGUUUCCAUAAACAAAGUCUCAUUGUUUUUGGUUUCAUACCUUUAUUCUUUGCCUCUCCAACCUAAUAAGGGUUAAAAAGGUCCUAGUUUUGGUUCCUAGUUUUUUCCUAUUCUUCGGUUUUGUGUAAGUAUGUUGCGAGUGUUAAGCUCUGUUUUGGCUUAUUAUAUUGGGGUUUUUUUGCAUUGGUUUAUCGGAGUUGAAUUUGGGUGAAAAAUGUUGUAGAAUAUGAAAACAUUAUAUGAUUGAUUCUUUGGAAAAAGUAUCGUUG